GAUGCAACAGUACGAUGGGAGAUCUAUAGGUUUCACUUUUUCUGCAAUUCAUCUUUUGCUGAUGACACAGAUGGACCCCAAGUGGGUGGAUGCACAUUUCUGCAGUCUGCAUUCCCAAACCAAUGUGUAUGCCUUAACAAAGAUCCUUAUGUCAGAUGGCCCUAAUAAACUUCUGGUGGCACCGAUCCGAGGUCAAGUGGUUGCUAUGGAGUAUCAGAGAAUUCAUGAGAAACUCAAUCCAUCGUCACGGGCCAUACAGUUUACAUACAUCCCAGGUGAUGCAGAGAUUGUGUCGCUUGAUGCUUUUGCUAAAAGUCAGCAUGGUGCAGGACUGACAGUUGGCAUCACAUUUUUGAAGUUACAAGAGAAUGAAAGCAGGCCCUUGAAACAGUUCCUAAACAUAUACUCAUUCUGGCAGCAGGGCACUGAAUUUAACCUUGAUAGCUUUGCAACCGGAUGUGUGAUGUUGGAGCUGGACUUCGUCCCUUAUCAGCUGACUCAUACAGAACUGGUUUGUGAGAAAGGAAAGGAGACUGUGUUUUUGCUGAGUGGAACUGACAACAAAGUCCACAUGUAUAAAGAGGACAGACAGCAGAACACAUUUGUGGAGUAUCCAAGUUUAGAACACUUCCCAGAAUUUGGUGAUCUUUCAAGCAGUAUCCUGUGGAUGGACAUCCUGUAUGUAAGCAGCAUCAGACGGGUGACAGGAUUUGGGACAGAGAGUGGCCUGGUUGUGGUCAGUCUAAUCAAUGUUUCAUCUAAAGUUGUGGAGAAGUCCUGGUCAGUCCAGCUGGACAGCCCGAUCACAACAGUCAAGUUCUUCUCUCAGGACACUUCACUCAGUUGUCCAGCCUUCAUUGAUACAGAUAACAUAUCAAGUAGUCAGAGCACAGAUGAGGAUGAUGGUGAUGACGAGAGGAAUCCCCAGUUAAACCUGUUAGUGACCAGUGCUCUGGAGGUAGCUACUGUAUAUAGAGAUGUGCUUUCAAAUGGACUGAACUGUUUCCUGAUACUGCCAGACAGUAACAAGUUUGACUCAGUGAUGUGUGCUUGUGCCAUGGAUGUGGACUUUGAUGGACAGAAUGAAAUAAUCCUCGGCACCUAUGGACAGGAGUUGCUUGUGUAUAAGUACCACCCACCAAACCCCAUGUCCAAGCCUGGCCCUCUGUUGGGUCACCAGAGUACAGGAAGUAACACUCAGGCCAGCUCCGUUACCCCUAAGGCCAGCAGACUGUCUAGUGAACUGUCAUCAGGAAGUGACCAGUGUACAGACUCUGAUCAGUCCAGCAAGCUUAGGCAUCGGUCAUGUGAGACCAAGACUGAGUCAGCUGUGGAGAAUGUUCAGGCUCAGAGACGAGCCAAGUCACAGGAGGAUCUUACCUCAAGGUCACGGCUGACACAGGGCAGCGGUGCCCCCACCCCCAAAGACUGUAAAGGCUUUCCCUGUGGGGAGGAGGAAGUGCUGAGCAGGGGACAUCAUCACUACAAACUGUUGUGGAAGAGGAGCUUUGCAUACCCAGUGCUAGCGCUGGACCAUGCUGACAUCAUGGGUGACGGUCUGGAAGAUUUAGCUGUUGUUACUCUCAAAGGAUUGCAUAUUUUACAGCCUGAUCUGGAGAAGGUGGCUAAACUGUGUUUACAGCGUCUAAGGACAGUGGCAGACACCAGCGAAGAUUCAGACGAUGCCUACAAGAUCCUCCAGUCUGAGAACCUUGAUCACGAGGACUGGUCAGGUGAUAGGGCAUAAUUUCCUGGCGUGGCAGUGACUGUAAAGGGAUUACCUGCUACGUCAAUAUCUGGUUACGUAGUGUCUGGUCUGGCAAUGUCUGUUUAGGCGAUGUCUGCUCUGACAAUGACUGUUUAGGCAGUGUCUGGUUCGGGAAUUUCUUGCUUGGCAUUGUCUGCUCCGGCAAUAUCUGGUUAGACAGUGUCUGCUCAGGCAAUGACUGUUUAGACAUUGUCUACACUGGCAAUGUCUGUUUAGAUAGUGUCUUCUCUGGCAAUGGCUGGUUAGGCAGUGUCUGCUCUGGCAAUGACUGGUUAGGCAGUGCCUGCUCUGGCAAUGACUGGUUAGACAGUGUCUGCUCUGACAGUUAUUGUUUAGGCAAUUUUUGAUUAGGCAGUGACUGCUCAGAACUGCGCAAAUGAUGACUGCUUAGGCAAUGACAGUUUAGGCAAUGAUUGUUUAAACAGUGACUGCUCAAGCAAUAACUGCUUAGGCAAUGUGGUUUAGGAACUACUUCUCAGACACUGAAUGCCACAAAGCAGAAUUGUGGUGUUGGUGGAAGCAAACACAGAAAACUGUAUUUGGUUUAAAUUGUGAUAUCCUCUUCAGACUGGCUUGUGACAAGACAUCGUUGGAUAGAUGCUUAAACUGCUAUGUCUGAAGGGAAACAUUCCUGUGGCAUAAUGGAUAAUUACAGACAAUUUUAUUUGUGAGAAAAUCAGUCAAUAAGUAUAAACACAGUAACUACCCAACAUGCUAUGAGCCAUACUAUGAGAAAGUGCUGAGCCUUUCCAAUUACAAAGUUCAGAGAGCCAUAUUGAUGUCCUUGUAAGUCUUUUCAGUGCAAGGUUUUCAUUUCCAGGCAGUGAGUUUUAUAUUAGAGCCCACCCUAAUAAUGUAUCCAACUCUCUGCUGUGUAGGAAGUUCCAAUAUUAGUGGCUCACUCUUGCCCAUGGUUAUCCCAAUGUGUGACUAACUUACCCAACAUAAAUAAAUAAACAAAAAAAUACAUAUUCA